CCGCCUGGCUGGGGUGAGGUUACACCGGCUGUGUCCCUCUGAUCGCCGAGGCUGCUUGGCAGGAGACCCCGGCCAGGUCUAGGCUUGCAGGGCCGGCUCCCCUGGCUGUGUAGGUGUCCGCCAUGCUGUGGGGUGAGAGCCUGCUGGCCUCGUUCAGCACCCUGUUCCUACUCGGAUUGCUGCUGACCCGCAGCCCCGUGCUCUCCUCGGUCCUGGUGUGCGCCCUCUUCUUCCUGCUCUCCGCCGUCCGCUUCCAGCCGGUGCCCCGCUCCCGGGCCCAGCAGGUGCUGAAACCCCGGGGCCGGGUGUCUGUGAUCGCCCAUAGAGGAGGUGGGCACGAUGCCCCCGAGAACACCCUGGCUGCCAUCAGGACGGCAGCGGAACAUGGGGCAACAGGGGUGGAAUUGGACGUAGAGUUUACAUCGGACGGAGUCCCCAUUCUAAUGCAUGAUGACACAAUAGACAGGACCACAGAUGGCACUGGCAGGCUGCGAGACGUCUCAUACGCGGACCUCAGGAGGAUGAAUGCUGCAGCUAAACACCGUCUGCGGAAUCAAUUCCAGGGCGAGAAGGUUCCUACCUUGGAAGAGGCAGUAAGAGAAUGUAUAAAUUACAACCUGACUAUUUACUUUGAUGUCAAGGGCCAUGCUAAUGAGGCGGCCGAAGCUCUGAGGAAGCUGUACGUGUCUUACCCUCGUCUAUACAACAGUAGCAUCGUCUGUUCAUUUGAACCAAGUGUUAUUUAUAAAAUAAGGCAAGCCGACCAAAAUGUCAUCACCGCUCUAACACAUAGACCUUGGAGCCUCAGCCAUUUCGGAGAUGGUAAAAAGAAAUUUGACUCUUUUUGGAAACAUUACUGGUACAUGUUCCUGGACAUUUUGCUCGAUUGGGGACAGCACAACAUUCUUUGGAACUUUUGUGGAAUAUCCGCUUUUUUAAUGCAGAAGAAUUACAUCUCAAAAGAAUAUGUGGACCAGUGGAACCACAGAGGUAUUGAAGUUGUGGCAUGGACAGUUAACAAUGCGUCCGAAAAAUUGUAUUAUGAAAACAUCUUGAAUAGCAGCUACAUCACUGACAGUAUGGUCGAAGAUUGUGAUCCACACUACUGACCUGGCCAGUUGGAAGCUCUUCUUUUUGUUGAGAGAUUUGUUGAACGACUAAGUGAAUCUGUGCAGUGUGGACGUGUUGUCUUAUCACUUACACCUUCCAGUGCAUGAAGAUCACAUGAAAGAAAGUCUCAGUAAUUUUGUUGCAAACUUGGUAUCUGGAAUUACAUUUUACCAGGCUAUUAAAAGACUAUAGUUAUCAAAACAUGUGCUAAAUUGGUUAGUGUUGUAAUAAAUGGGAAUGGAAUAUA